GAUGGGAGGGCAGAGGAUUCCCUACCCCUGGUGAUGGACACAAGCACUUGGCCAGUGGAGACAAGAGGACGGAUGGACACAGAGAGGGUCUUCGGCCAUGAGCUUCCUCCAGUUCCUCGCAGUCGUAGCGCAGUGCCAGCCCGCUGGUGAUGAACAGCACCCAGAGCCUGGACAUCAUGCCUCGCUUCGCCAUCUCCGCUGAGGAGGAAGGCGAGGUGGUUUCCAACCUGCGUCGCAUCCGACUCCGGAGCAAUAGCACGGGCACGAGGCCGACCUUCCGGAGAGGAGCAUCCCAACGGAUUGCACACCAGCUCGAGACCCCAGAAAAACCCAGAUCCCCCACAGGAAAGUCCCAAAGUCUGCUUCGGUUUCUGGACUUUCACUCAUCAUCACCCCAGGUGGUACUAAGAGAUUCCAGUCCUGUGGAGCUGCUGCAUCACAGCUGCACAUGUGUGGCUGGAGCAGCUUUAUGUAACCACUGUGUAGCCUUGCUUUUCCAGUCAGCACAUUAUUCUCAGCUGAAGGUGCCUGUGGUCCCCCCUAUGCUGAGCUGUACUGAGGGAGAACAACAGUGGCACAAGCCCAUAACUUUGGGUAUAAAACCAGGACCCGUGGAUAAGAUGGCUGUUUUAUCUGCAAAACCAAAGUGUGGAGGAACAAGAGAGGGUGUAAGGAGCACACUCUACAAAGGCCUCAGUGGGGAUUUACCUGAUCUCUCUGUCCUUCAGGUGACAGAAGUCUAUAAGAACUUCUCCGCAGCUGAGGCACCGAUGAUCUGCAGCAUGGGCAUCAGCUCUGAAGUUCCUCUGGUUGAUUCUGCCCUUGGCCCAGUUCAAGCUGGAAGCCCAUUGUCCUACCAGCAACCAGCAAGAGUGAAGAAGGACCUGUCCUUCCAUGCUGCCCCACCACCCUCUUCUCUGCCUCUUCAGAAUUACCACCUGCAACCACCUAAUUGCAUGUUUGUCUGUAGUGAAGCACAACAGCUACACGUUAAAAGUCUUGAGGUCAGCUGGGACAUGGCACACAAAUUUGAAUGUGCUACCAGAGAACAAAGUUCAUGCAGUGAAUGGCAUCAGUUAAGGAGGCCUAGACUGACUGCCUCACGGUUCAGGGAGAUCUGUCAGGUCAGAGAGAGUAAUGAAGACAGUCUGGCUGACUGGAUACUGCAGGGAACCCGUCAGACUGCAGCUAUGAAGAGGGGCCUUGAAUUGGAGGCAGAUGUCAUCUGGGAGUACUGCCAGAUGAAGAGGGUCAACCACUAUCCUUGUGGAUUUGUAAUUCACCCUGAUGCCCCAUGGCUGGGGGCAUCUCCUGAUGGGUUAAUUUUUGACCCUUCAGAGCCUUGUCAAUUUGGUUUGAUUGAAAUGAAAUGUCCAAAUGUUAAAAGCUACGUUGACUGCCCAUAUCUCAGUAUGAAUUCAGGCAAACUUGAGCUCAAACAAUCACAUGCUUAUUACGCACAAGUACAGGGGCAGAUGCUAAUAACAGGAAUGAAUUGGUGUGACUUUGUUGUCUCAGCUGAGGAAGACAUACUAAUUCAAAGAAUUUACAGAGACAGAGACAUGUUAGAUGUCAUCAAGGAGAAGGUAGACUGGUUUUAUUUCCAUGUCUACAUGCAGAAAUGCAUGUAAUGUGUGCAAAUCCAGCCACCAUGCACAAUGUAAUGCAGGCAUGUCAAACUGGUCCACCAAAGGGCCGCUGUGGCUGCAGGUUUUUGUUCCAACCAGCCAGGUUAAUGUAAUGUGAUGUAAUGUAAAUGUUUAUUUUAUAAACUUGUAUAAAUUUAUUAUGCAACACUGAAUAUAGUGACUUGAUUUUAACAAAACAACAAACAUACCUAUAAACCGGUGUGGGGCUGCUAUGCCAGUACUUGGUUGACAGAUUAUCAUCUGUGAGGUGGGUCCACUGAAUGAGAAAGAGACUCAGCAGACAUCCGUGCAGGUACAAUGUAUUUAUUCACAAUCUUCAACCAAACCCUGUGCAACUUCAAAAACAA